AUGGCGACUAAGGACGAGCUGCCGACUUUCACCAUUGGCGACUAUGUCAAGUUCUUCGGGGCUGGCGCCCUCGCAGCCACCUCGACCCAUGGCGCUGCCACGCCAAUCGAUGUCGUCAAGACGCGAAUCCAGGUCGAUGACGCGCUCAAGGGUUACAACAUGCUGCGAGCCGGAAGAACCAUUGUCGCGAAGGAAGGCGCAUCGGCGUUGUUGACUGGCUUCGGUCCUACAGCCGUCGGAUACCUCGUACAGGGUGGCGGCAAGUUCGCCGGCUAUGAGUUCUUCAAAAAGCAGUUCAUCUCGGCGGCCGGCGGGCCCAGCCAGGCGACAGAGAAGCGCACGGCCAUCUAUCUCGGCGCCAGCGCGGCAGCCGAGUUCUUCGCCGACAUCCUCCUGUGCCCCCUGGAGGCCACGCGCAUCCGUCUCGUCUCGCAGCGCGGCUACGCCAACGGGUUGACUUCUGGGUUCGCGAGACUCGCACGAGAGGAAGGAUUCAAGGGGUUCUACUCGGGCUUCGUGCCGCUGCUGUUCAAGCAGGUGCCCUACGCCGUGGGCCAGUUUUCCGUGCACGAGGCUGCUGUCGAGGCCAUCUACCGCACCAUCGGCUCGGAACGCAAGGAGAAGCUGACACACCUGCAAAACACGGGCGUUGAGUUGUCUUCUGGCAUAGUCGCUGGUGUGGCCGCCGCUGUGCUGUCUCAUCCAGCCGACACACUGCUCUCUGCCAUGAACAAAGGAGCCGGCGACCCCAAGCAGAGCGCCACGAGCCGCAUGUUUCAGCUCGCCAAGGAGUUUGGUCCGAAGAGGCUGCUGCUGACGGGACUGGGGCCGAGGGUCUUCAUGACGUGCGGCCUCGUCGCUGGCCAGUUUGUCAUUUACGCGCAGUGCAAGACGUUGGUGGGAGCCCCGGCUGGCAUCGAGAUACACAAGGAGGAAUGA